CGACAAUGGGGGUUUUGACGGGCUCUUAUUCAUUUAUUUUUUAAAAAAACUAAAAACUGAGAAAGAAAAAAAAAAAAAAAAAAGCACAAAACAACAGGAAAAAAUGACCUGAAUUUUUGAAAAAAAUAUAUAUAUAUAUAUAUAUAUAUUUAUAAUUAUUUUUCCAUUUCCACGUCCACCAAUCGGAGCUGAAGUUGGUCGAUGCCCAAGUCUUAUUAUUUUACCUGCUCCAUAGCUUCCAUUGACUCUCUCAAUCACUAUAUCUCUCUGCAAUUCGUGAAAUUUGAUUUUUAGGCACCCAAAAAGAAUGAAGUGUUUCCAUUUUACCAACGGAGAGAGGCGGGACGACGAGGACGGUGUCGUUUCGAGGUUAUCGAAGGUGUCGUGGGCACGCUCUCUCAGCGUUGCUUCAAGCACCGUGGAUACCACUCGCCGCUCCGAGUUUGACUCGGACUCUAGGGACCUUUCCGACUCGGUUAGCUUCUAUGAGUUCCUGUCUCAGCGGAGAGCUAAUGAUCUGCGGGUGUUUUCCUUCUCGGAGUUGAAAUCGGCGACUAGAGGGUUCAGCAGGGCGUUGAUGGUUGGGGAAGGAGGGUUUGGGUGCGUGUUUAGAGGGGUGGUUAGGGUUCCUGAGGAUGAGAUUACUGAUGGCUCUCCUUCUAAAAUGGACGUUGCUAUCAAACAGUUGAAUCGUAGUGGCUUCCAGGGGCAUAAAGAGUGGAUAAAUGAAGUGAACUUUUUGGGUGUUGUGAAGCACCCAAAUCUUGUGAAAUUAAUAGGAUAUUGUGCAGAGGAUGAUGAAAGAGGGAUCCAACGGCUUUUGGUCUAUGAACUUAUGCGUAAUAAAAGCUUGGAAGACCAUCUUUUGGCUCGAAUGCCAUCACCUCUUCCAUGGAUGACGAGAUUAAAAAUUGCACAAGAUUCAGCCCGAGGGUUGGCUUAUCUUCAUGAAGAAAUGGAUUUUCAGCUAAUAUUUCGGGAUUUUAAAACAUCAAACAUUCUUCUGGAUGAGGAUUUCAAUGCAAAACUUUCAGAUUUUGGACUGGCUCGACAAGGACCUCCUGAAGGGAUGAGUCAUGUUUCAACAUCAGUUGUGGGCACAGUUGGCUAUGCGGCUCCAGAGUACGUCCAGACUGGGAAGCUGACUGCUAAGAGUGAUGUUUGGAGCUUUGGUGUGGUUCUUUAUGAGCUCAUCACAGGAAGGAGAGCAGUAGAGAGAAACCUACCGCGAAGUGAGCAGAAGCUCUUGGAGUGGGUGAGGCCUUACAUUUCAGACUCGAAGAAAUUCCACCUUAUUGUAGACCCUCGACUUGAAGGAGAGUAUUGCAUUAAAUCAGCUUACAAGGUUGCAUCCUUAGCUAACAGAUGUCUACUAAAACAGCCAAGGUCUCGUCCUAAAAUGAGUGAGGUGGUUGAGACUUUGGGAAACAUUAUCAAUGAGACUUCUUCUCAAGAAGCUGCCCUUGAACCUGUUAAUGAAACCGAAGAAGCAAAAGAAGAAAAUGUAGGGGACAGUGAACCCGAGUCUGGUAAACAAGGAAACAAUUACCUAAAGAAGGUGUUUGAUAUAAGAGAUUUUGUCAACUUAAGAAAUAAAUCCAUUGGGAAAUUAGAUUGGAGAAAUUGGACUCCCGGAAUGAUAAGAACUUGGUAAAAAGUUAUAGCUUUUGUCAAUGAUAUAUAUGUGUAUUGACAUAUAUUUCACACCAGAGAAAUGAAAAUGUAGAUAUGUUCUACUUCUAUCCUUCAAAAUUUGUAGCCUUGAAACCAAUCUGUUUCAGGGGGCUUAUUUCA